AAUCAUUCCGUGACCAAUUCCGAUCAGUCACCAGGCAACAGAAUCCAGUCCAUGGCCGUGGUUGUCACUGAUACAGCAGGCAGUGUCCCACGACAUAAACGGAACGCAUGUGUGAAACCGGCUCCCAGCCACAAGCUGGCGGCCUGUCACAUCAGAUGUCAAGCUGUCGGCUAGCCGCUUCCAACCCUCCGGGAUGAUUUCCGGGAGACAAGGCAACUCACACGACGCAACCUUUUUGGGAGACCAGCAAGCCCCGAGAUUUUCGUGACAAUGCGAGCCUCCUAUAACCUGUCAAUUCAACCCCCUUCGAUGCAUGUUCCCCCCUCCAGUCAGAAGGCUAUUCAAGAGGCGGUGUGUAGAUGGCUGCCGCCGCUCUACCUAUCCCGAACGGCAGUCUGUCAGCUUUCCGAAACGCAACGAGGUGCUCAUCAAGUGGCUAGCUGUUGAUAUCAAACACAAAGGUAGUAUAAUAUGUAUUUCUAUGGAGGGACUCGUCCACUUCCGCAUGCUUCUAACGCCGACCUCCAUCGCCGUGUUGCUACACUACCGCGUGUGAUGCACGUUAAAAAGUAUGUUUCCCGAAUUCAAACCACAGGCACACCCACUCUUCCGCAUGGGCACACCGAGAUGUUGGAAUAGUAAGCACUUAAAGGAGGCUUGCAUCGAGAGGGCAACAAGCGUCUAAAAGCUGCGUGUUUCAACAGCGGUGGCACGCAGUACCGCAGACGAAGUCAUCCCUCGGAACUUCCACAUCCAGGGCUCACAAUCCUGCUGUCGAACUUAUCGGGUUGCUCAACAUGAUAGCUUGAUUUUACAGCAGUAUCAUAUUCCACCUGACUUGACUGACAGAACGACUUGAAAGAGAGAAGGAUAUAGUCAGGAUAGUAAGCUAUGUCGACAGCAUAUUAGUUAC